CACGAGUAGAUGCAUGACACACAGGCCGGAGAUAUGUGGACCGCGAGGCUGCUUGUCUGCUACCUGCACUGUGUAUAUGCAACUAGUGUCAACAUAUCCACGGAGACAAAACACAUCUUUAUAAACGAGGAGGAAAACAACUGGUGGGAUGCUCGGAAAAACUGUAAGAUGGCGUUGAAGAGAGAUCUGUAUAUUUCUGACACAGAAUUCCUCCCUCCAGUCAUGGAAAACUCUCUACACAACAACACUUCCUACUGGGUAGGAGCCAUGAGGUAUUCAACAUGGAUAUGGACAGAAGAUGGUACCCCACUCUACAACUAUGAUGGGUACAGUGCAUCACCCACAACGAGCCCAAACAAUGUGUCCAGUAACUCUGUUUACGGAUGUCAACUUCAUUGUAAAACCAACCGCACAGUGGGCCUGAGCGGGGAAAAGUGUUAUUGUCUCGGAAAUUCGUACAACGUCACAAAGACGAGUGCAAGAUGGAUGCAGUGUCCGGGCAACCCAGAUGAAAUAUGUGGCGACGACGCUGGGAUGUCAGUCUAUACACGUGGUACUGGAAACGUUGGAUUUAAACCCUCGAAGGAUGGCCGAUGUGCUUAUGGAGUGAAAAUGAAUAAUACAGUUUCAAUAGAACUAGACUAUUACUACGCUUGUAUAGAUUAUAAGCGAAGAUUUGCAUAUUAUUCCCACAAUACUCCCCAGGCAAACUGUAGUGGGGGCGUGUGCGUGUCCUCAUCAGCGGAAAGACAGACAUGGACACAUGCUCAUUACUCAAAUGAUUUGAUCAGACUCAACGAUUCCACUGCAAGAGAGAUCCAAAAUAUUAAAGGACCAACUGAUUACUUUUGGAUUGGGCUUGUAUUGAAAGUCUCAAGGAAAUACGUCGAUGGACAAGAGGCCAAUGGAAAUGAGGAUUACAUCUUCCUUCCGUUCGUUGUUUCACAAAUAUCGACAUGCCAAGCUUUGAAAAAAGAUGGCGUCUGGAAACCAUACUGGCUACCCUGCCAUUUUCGCCUUGCCUCUGUUUGUGAAGUUUCCAGGGCUGAUCCCUCUCAUCCCACCACAGACAGUCCGUCAGCUCUUGAUAUUCAGAAGGGUGUAAGCAUAGGGCUGGCUGCAGGAUGUGUGGUUUUCUUCCUGGUAGUCGUGACUCUUGUAUUUCUUCUGCAAAGACAACGCAAACUCCAUUUGGAUAGAAGAGAUACGAAUCAACAGGUGAACUUCAACCCGCCAACAGAAAACACGAUCUACGACGGUCUCGAUGUUCCGAGAGACAAUGGCGCAUAUUCUGUUAUAACCCCAGACACAAUUGACGGGAAGCCUUUCACUCCCCCUGUUCCAACGGCGACAGUAAACCCCAAUGCUCACACUGAGAAAUUCUACGUGAACCAUCCUGAGACUGAUGUUGAGAAGGUGUCCAAUUCUCUCUCAACGCCCAGUAAACAACACACCGACAUGCCAGGAGGAAAGCCCUACAUGCAUCUCUCCGGACCCGACUACGACACAGCAGAAUGUAUUCUACAGUACAGAAGCGGAGAUGGAAGGGACACUGGACUGGACAAAUCUGCAGGAGGUUCUGGUGUAGCCAACUCCGACGAGGGUGUUCAGUACCACACCUUCGAGAAGUGCAGCUCCACGGGAGGGGAUAAAAGUGAUGCUGGUUUGUAUGACCCCACGGAAGCUGCAGAGGGAAACUACGACACCCCACAGCAAGGGGAGAACGCCAGAAAAGUAAAUGACUCGUACAGUCACAUUGGCGCGAUAGACAAGGUGUUUGAAGAAGGUGACUAUGAUGUCGCUAGUGCUGGGCCUGAUGUGAUCAGGUUGGAUGACACCUACAACCAUACGUAUGAGACCACAUGUAAGGCCACUGAUGAGUAUAACACAUGAUCUGUCGUCAGAGAUAAUUGAAAUCGUGGUAAUGAUAUAUUUGUUGCAGAGAUCCGGAUAGUAUAGGUAGUAGUGUCUGGUCGUACAAAGGGAAGUACUUCUAGGACAUGAGAAAUGUAACUGUACAUAACAUGGGGUUAUCUUUCAAGUGUUGCUGGAUGAAAACUAGUUUGAAGCAAAAGUCUCUCUUUAUAGAUCAAAGAACCACAUCUUGGCGGAUAUUAUGUAACAAUUAUGAAAUAAAUUAAAGUAAGUACUUCUAAGUUAAAGAGUGGUUAAAAAUGUAUUAGUGAUGCAGUUUAACAUUGAAGAGUGUGAGGUG